AUGCCAAUCUGUGACGGACUGAUAGUUACACAUAGUAAUGAUCUACAGGAAAUCACUUUAUUGUAUACAAAAUUGUUAACCAUGCUAAAACACAUGAAUCAUUACCAAGUUUACAAUUCCACUACUACUACUACUACUACUACUACUACUACUACUACUACUACUACUACUACUACUACUACUACUACUACUACUACUACUACUACUACUACUACUACUACUACUACUACUACUACUACUACUACUACUACUACUACUACUACUACUACUACUACUACUACUACUACUACUACUACUACUACUACUACUACUACUACUCACACUAUAUUCUUGGUUAACCAACAAGCCUGCUGCACAGGCACAUGCUGUGCUGCUUUUUAG